AGAAAAUGCGACAGCAGCAAAAUAUCGAACGCGAAAAGAAUUCCUUGUGAAUGCUUUCCAACUCAGUGCCUCGAUCGUUGUCGCGGAAGGAGCAGCCCGCCUUGGAGCAGAGUCGGCGCGCGGCGUGCACUAAGUUAGUUACUAGAGGGCGUCGUAAACGGGCAGGCACCCACCCUUGUUGCUCCUUCUUGAUUGUGGCCCCACGCUGGAGCUUCUAACAAGCCUCAAGACAAUUCCAGGCCCCGACCGUACCAACGCCACAGCAACAAGAGUCCGACGAAAAGAACCUGUCUCUUGUCAACCACCGACCAACGGAAUACUCGCAAGCAGUGACAUUGUCCGGUGCUCGCCGACUCCUCCGCGCAUUGUAGGCCCUCGAAGCCUUGCGAUGGAAUGAGCGCUUCCACUCGUGUCUUCCAUCAUGGCCCUAAGCCCAUAUCCUUGACCGAAUUUCGCGAUGCCCUCGAGGCCGUAUGCCUCCCGCGCUUCCCGACCGUGCGCUUUGCGCGGCCACGCCGCGUCGCGCUCGCCGUGAGCGGCGGCGUAGACUCCAUGGCCAUGGCCUUCCUCUUUUCGAGCCUCUUCAAGACCCAUCAGACUUUCAAGAUCGCCGACAACCCCGCCGAGAGCGCAUUUGGCAUCGUAAUCGAUCACCAACUGCGCGAGGGCAGCGAUGCUGAGGCCUCUAGCGUGGCCCAUGAGCUCAAGAGGAUUGGCAUCAAGGCCAUCAUCAAGACCCUCAACUGGAGAGACGUCCGGCGCGAUGGCAUGAACCCUGCCAGCCUGCCCAACCUCGAGAGCGUGGCGCGCACGAUGCGAUACCAGGUGCUGGGCUUGACCUGUGGCCACCUCCAAGCCACGAGCCUCUUCUUCGCCCACCAUAGCGACGACCACUACGAGACGAUCCUAAUGCGCCUGCUGGCUGGCCACGGCUAUCGGGGCUUGCAAGGCAUCCGUGCUGCCAAUGCGAUCCCCGAGUGCUACGAGCUGCACGGCGUGUACAAGAGCGGGAUACUCGACGAUCAGAUGCAGCGGCAGCCGUUCCUCAGCUUCAAGCCUCCCAACAAGGAACUGAAGCAGCUUCGGAUGAUCCUAAGAGACGAUUUUCACGACGAGCCCUGGAGUCACAUCAAGACAUACCUGGGCAUCAACGACAUUUCUGCGCAGUUCCCCGGCCAUAUCACUCGCGAUAUUGACCCUCGCGUGCCCUAUCUGACCCCACUGAACUGCGAGGACGGCGGCGUGCACGUAUAUCGGCCACUUCUUGAGUUUGACAAGGACAGGCUUAUUGCCACGUGUGAAGCGAACCGAGUCCGGUGGUUCGAGGACCACACCAACACGGAUCCAACCCUUACCACCCGUAACGCGCUACGUUACAUUGCGAGAUCCUACAAGCUGCCAGAAGCGCUGCAGAAACCCGCCGUACUUGCAUUGGCAAGAAGGGCGAAGCAAAAGACAAACUUUGAAGAGGCAGAAGCGCAUCGACUACUCAUCCGAGAGGCAGUCAUCCAAGACUUUGACCCCAACGCAGGAACGCUGCUCAUUGAGCUCCCAUCUUUUGUCACCAGCGCCUCGCGGGCACGGCGCCUCUAUGCGGCAUCGCGGGACGAGGCUCGUAGGCCCCGCCGCCGGGCGAUUGCGGCGAUUGCAGUGCGCAAGCUUGUCGACUUUGUCACCCCGUACCUUCAUUCGCCAUCUCGGGCAAAUCUUGACAGCGUGAUCGAUCGACUGUUUCCAGAGCUGUCAUCGAGCCGCCAAGGCGAGGUACCAAAGGCGUUCUCAAUCGCCGGUGUUGUCUUUGAGCCCAUACUUGGUCCGCAGUCGACCAGGUGGUUUCUCUCGAGGGCUCCAUACAAGUCCAACCAUCCGCUACCAGAAAGGAAGCUGCCGGGACAUUUGGGCUACAAGCUGAUAUCCGGUACUGACGGCUUCAAGGGGCCACAAGUGCGACAUGGACCCUGGCGAAGCUGGAAGAUGGCCAAGAUCUGGGAUGGGCGCUUCUGGAUACGUCUCAACACGUGUGUACCGGCGAGGUUUCAUAUACGGCCGUUGCAGCCGCAGUUUGCGAGGCAAUUCCGGUUGGCCUUGCCACAGAAAGAGAGAUAUCGUCUAGAGAAGAUCUUGAGGUAUUAUGCCCCUGGAAAGGUGCGGUACUCGCUGCCCGCGCUAUACAGUGUUGAGUCUGGCGAGGGAACCGACCCGGCCACGCCUACGAUGACACUGCUCGCGCUCCCGAGCCUCGGCAUUCACGUCCCGGGCCUGGAGAGAUGGGUCAAGUGCGAGGUUAGGUACAAGAAUGUCGACGUUUCACUGCUGGGCUUGCAAAGAAGAGGUGGGCAGCGGCCCCUCGUAGUCUACCGGCCUCGCAGCGGCAGAUCCAGACAGGUGCGCAGAAGGCGUCUGGCGAACCGCAUGCGCACCGGCGGCCACGCAUGCCGUGUGUGCCGGAGGGGACGCACUUCUACAGCUCAUGGAUAGAGAUGCAAUGAAACAAAGUGGCAUGUAGUUGAACGGUUGGAGGUGCUGCGGACAGGCGGAAAACCUGUUCGAUGCAUAGUUCGUCACCCUUGAAGGUGUUAUAGGUAGGGAGCCCUGCCGGGUCCUGGUGAGUCGUGACAGCCCCAAAUCACGAAGCACCGAAGGAGCAGGGCCUCUUGCCUGAAUAUACUGGGCGGACAGCGACAAAAAUUGCAUUUGCCCGCACCCAAAUGCUUGACUUGGGGUACGUAUAAGCGUCUCAUAUUGCCGCCCCGCAUCGCAAACGGCGCAUCGGGCACAGCAGCGGAGAUGGGGGUGAUGGAACGCUCUUCUCAAGUAGGGCCUGGACGCAGGUUCCUAAAAGAGGCCCAGGAGUUUCACCUAGGCACUUGGCACUGUCGAAACGACUCGCCUUUGCCUCGGAUGGUGAAAGUGAGGGGCAGGACGACGUGACGUUGUUACGUAUACAGUCUACAUGACUAACAUUAUGGAUGAUAUUAUUC